UACAAGGAGUCUCAGGCAUACCUUUACUUUCACAUGUGAUUUGACUGCAAGCCAGCCACUUUAUUCUAUAAAUAAAGGCCCAGUGAGCCUUCUCUGAGCUCUCCUGGCUCAGCAGCCUGGCUGCAUGGCAGGGAUUGCCCCUCACGCUGUGACAACCCUCAGGGCUGCUCCUCAAAGCUGAGACCUCUCACCAGCAGCAGAUCUUGGGGCAUGAACCCUCACCUGCGGAUCAACGGGCCCAUGAACAUCAACCACUACGCCACCAAGAAGAGCGUGGCGGAGAGCAUGCUGGACGUGGCGCUCUUCAUGGCCAACGUCACCCAGCUCAAAGCUGUGCUGGAGCAGGGCACGGCCUUCCAGUACUACGCCACCCUCAUCGUGCUCAUCAGCAUCUCCCUCUUCUUCCAGGUGAUGAUUGGGAUUCUCCUCAUCGUCACGGCUCGUCUGAACCUGAACGACAUCGCCAAGCAACCCCGCCUGAAUAUCCUCAACAACGCUGCCACAGCUCUCAUCUUCAUCACAGUCAUCCUCAACAUCUUCAUCACAGCCUUCGGCGUGCAGAAGACUGGCCUGUACCCUAACAGGAAUUUUGGACCUUAUUAAUUCAUGGGGCAGUGGAUUCAGGGUCUGAGCAGUGCGGCUCUCCUCCACUGACCUCAGCAGGAGCCCAUGGACCAAUCCAGAGAUCUGGGUUAAAUUCAAACCUCUGUGUGUGUCACAGCACACCAGCCCCUUGCUGUAAUACUUCUGCAGCUCUGGGGGCUGGGAGCGCUGCCUUUCCCAGCUAGAGCAAACUUUGCAAGAGAAAACUGCAGGAACAGCAGCAGGUAUACCUUGUAAAAGUGCAGUUCUGUAAAUCUCUUCUUAUUUUAGCUGCCUGCUUCACAUAUUCAAUAUUGGCUCAUUUGCUAGAGAUGACUGAAUUAUUUACUUUGUAGGCUAAAGAAAUAAGCCCAGUCUUUUUUUUUUUUGUCUCAAAUAUAAGUCGAUGCCCUUAAAGCAAUUCUAUCUAAUAGUUUACCUCCCAAAUGUUGGAAUGGAUUUCUCAAACUGAAAAAGAAGUUUUCCUAGGAGGACAGAAUGGUGUGUGCACAUGAAGAUAGCUAAAACCAGUUCAAAUGUUUUCCUAGUCCUUUAAAAUUAAAUGUGACAUAGUCAAGAAAACAAUCAGGUAUUUCCAGCACUGGAAUAUUAACAAGGACAGAAAAUAGUUAUUGUGGUCUGAUGUCAUCAUCAGGGACCUAUCAGGAAUUAUGUCAGAAUAGGCUGACAAUAUUUAGUAGAAAAUGAGGAAACAUUAUACAUAAGGACACAGCCUAGGCUUAUUGCCACAAUGAAAAAUUACAGCUGAAUAGCUUAUUACUUUAUUAAAAAAAAAAAUCACCAUUAUGAUUUAUUCUUAUCACUAACAUAAAUGUUUUAAAAUGUAUUUGGUUUAUAAUGACAGCUCUGGUAAUUCUCUUGUAUUAGAAUAAUUUGUUUCCUUAAAAAAAAUUCCCUUGAAUUAAUGAGCUUCAAGAUUUCUAUGGAAGAGCAAAAAUUUUCAAUCCUAAAGUUUUUAGCUCUACAGUCAUGCUAAAAAAUGGUAUUUUAAUAGCCUCAUGUAAGCCUAUUUAAAUAAUUCCAUUCUCUUUUGAUUAUUAAAUGAUUUUUCCAUUAUACUGCAGAAUCAGAAUUUAAUAUGGACUUCUCAUUUUGUACAUCCUUGCCACCCCUGGGAGAGAAAUGCCAUGAAAGCAUCCUCACACCAGUCUUCAGGAGCUAUGGGAGUGCCUGACAUUUAGAAACAGAUACAGAUUUCAUUUGCACACUGUAUUUGACUUUCCAAACCCAAAUUUGUGUCAGUCACACACACGUGGUGCUUUUCCUGGGAGGCUGUGAAUGAUCUCGCCCACGAAGGCGCUGGGUAAGGCCAGGGGCCAGCAGCAGCUCAGCACCUGACACUGAGAGACUCUCCUGAGCUGAAGCAAAGUUGCAUAAAAAGGGGAGGGUGGAAAAUACCAGUUAUGUAUCUACCAGAAGCUGAAGUGGCAAAGCCGAGCAGAGUCUGAGAUCGGUUUGGGGAAGCAGGCAGAGACUUGUCCUCCACUUCUUCUCGGGGUGGCAGCUCUGGGGUGGCUCAGAGCUUGCUGCUUCCCUUGCUGCUCAGUCUCUGCUCUGACUGGCAGCCAAGGGCUGGAUGUUUCUGGGAAGCCUGUUAUCCCAGCCCCUCCAGAAAAAUGCUCCAGAGGUGGCAGAAUGAGCUGUAGGCACAGCAACACCACAAGCCAAGAGCUGCCAGCCACUGCUGGCUAGCUGGGUUCAUGGAAAGGCAAAUUAUAUAUCCUGUGUGCAGACCCCAAACCCUAGGAGUUAUUGCUUCUCAAAGCAGGAGGCAAAGCAAUUAGCAUUGAUGACUGAAUGUAACGAGAGGGAAAAACAGGAAAGAUUCAGCUGGGAAAGAAGCAGUGAGGGGAAUUUCAUUACCAGACCUUCACUUUGUUUCGGGGAGCUGCUGGAUUGGCAUGGCAGCGUGUGAGGCCUGCAGGGCAGAGGGGGCUUCCUGCCACUCAUCCCAGGCUAGCAAAAGACCAGCAGCACACUGGAAUACUUUCCCUCCAUCUCCUUUAAUGUUAAUAAUUUAUUGUCAUAGUGAAAUCACACUGUUUAGCAACCCUGGCUGCCUUUUCCCCUCGUUGUGUGUGACUCCCAUUGCCACCAAGCUUUUGAUACUCAAAGGUGGCACAGCUGAAGUGAAAAGGGGCCAAAAUUGAAUUGAAAUAAGCAGCUGCUGUGAAAGAGCUGACCUCCCACAGCAUAGUGCCAGGUUUAGGCUCCCAGCUGUGGUCUUCUCCAGGAGCUGUGCUUGCCAGGAGAACCACUGUGUUCUCCACAUUCUCUCAUCACAUCACACCCAUGCUUUGCUGCAAUGUCUAUUUGCCCACCGUUUCCACCUUGUUUCACACGAUAAGCCCAUGUUUUGUUGCCAUCUCAUUUCCCAUGGACUGAAGCAGGGCUCACUGCUGGCCAACCUUGCCCACUCCCUCUCUCGGGUACUGCCUGUGCCUUCAGCUCCUGAGCACAUCUGGGUUCUAAUCCCUGCUGCACACACAGGUGGGUGCAAGUGAACACACAGACACACCAGAGCUCUUGUAGGAAGACAAUGUAUUUAUAAAACACGAGGGAGAAUCUGUACAUCCCCCAGCUCCAACACAGAGGUGGCCCAGGAGUCGUCUUGAAGGCACAGAGCCACUUUAAGGCAGAUAACUCAAAGGUACAACUCAGAUUUUCAACACAAGGCAUCUGUAUCUAGAAACAAUCAACUUCAGAUAUUUGGAGGCAAUGAGGAGAGAUGUUCAUGCCGGGCAAACAUCAAGACAACGAUGAAACAAAUCAUAAUUUUCACACAAUACACUUUGCUCAGAUUAAAAGCCAGCCCUUCUUCAUACCUUUGCUGACCUGCAAAGCAAGUCUGAGCACCACACUUCAGUGCUGAAGACACAGUCACAUUCAGAGGCAGAGCCCCCUUGCCCUGCACCUCACACUUGGUGGCCUGGACUCCCCAGCCUGGUCACAUCCCACCCUGGAGGUCUCUCUGCACAUUGUCCAUCAUGUCCCCAAGACAGCGCUUCUGGAGCAGCUUGCUGCUGGCCUGCUGCAAGGAAAAUCCCAAGCCACUGACUUCCUCCAGCUGUCCAGCCAGGACACAGCCAGGAUGCACAUGAGGGCCAGAAUCUCCAGCACAGCUUCCUAAAAAGAUCCUGGUGACAGAAAUGUGGCCAGCUGUUGAGGGGAGUCAGCUUCCUGGCCAUGCUCUUUCACUGCAGGGCUGCGGGACCUGUCCCUGCUGCGCUUCCUGCUCUCCCCCUCUGUGUGACUCUGGCUGGGGAGAAAAACUGCAGCCUCAGAGCAAAGCCCAGCACUGCUCCUGCAAGCUCUGCUGCUGGGGAGUGAGGAGGUUUUACUGCUGGCCAGGAAGCUGGGGAGUGUGGAGCCUCUUCCCUCCCUCCCUACACCUGCAGGGACCUCUCUGAGCCCCUUCCCUCCCUCCCUCCACCUGCAGGGACCUCUCUGAGCCCCUUCCCUCCCUCC